GAGAGGUUUUGUUUACUUAUUUGUAAGAGAGUGAACUCCUCAUACCGGAAUAUACGCAGGCGGCUACUUUUAUACGUGUGAUAUCACUGUGGAACGACGGCUCUGGUAUAAUACGGGGUUCUAGAGUAAUGAUUCCCGGUGUGGAUAAGAUCAGGGAGAAGAACGUUGCUGGGUCCGUCAUUUCAACGGAUCAAAGGCUACGACCGGUACCAACAUCCACAUCAUCGCGAUCAACCUUGGAAUCUGUUUCAUCUUCAACCAGGUCUAAUAGAAUGGACAUUGCAGACCUGGGAUUGAGCAUCGUUGGUGAAGGGCUGUCAAAGCCACAGAAGUUCAAGGAGGAAGAUGAACCUAAACCGGUACCCAGGAUAAAGGCACAAGACUUGGAAUAUCAAUUCCUCAAUUUUGACAAGGAUCAACCACCGAGUGAUGAGAUUGUUACAACGCUGUUCGAGGAGUUUUUAAAUUCAAGGGCUUUUCCAAGAGAUGCUUUGAUGAACCUAAGAGCGCAUUCGAUAGCGUGGAAAUGGAAGAUGAUUUGUCAGGAUAAACAACAUGAUACAAUACAGAAAAUGGUGAAAUAUGAUCCACAAUGGGCUCUUGAUAAGCUCCCCAACAUUGGUUGUAAUGAUCUUCAUAAGCUGGAGAGGAUGCUAAGAACAAGAGAUUUUGUCGACGAAUUCAUUAAUCUUAACGGCCAUGCAAAGCUAACAGAAAUCAAAUUCGAUGACAUUGAGGAGGAAAAAGAGUCCUUAGUGAUACACUGCUUUAAAGACAUCUUAAACACUCAAAGAGGCGCAGAUUCCGUUGCUCAGGACUAUGAAAUGGUGAAGUUCCUCGUUAGCAUCCUUCUGGAAUCCUUGAAGAUCAGUAACAAAAAAACUUUGACAGAUGUGCUCGUGCUCAUAAGUUACUGGACUCCGCCUUUGGGUAGAAACAAUAUUCUCAAAGCGUUCUUGAGAUUAUCACAUGAAACCCUAUUCGAUUCAUGGAUAAAAUUCUUGGAUGCCUCGUUGGAUACUAAAUACGAACCUCUUGCAUAUAUGUCGCUGAAAGAGUUCAUCAUGAGUUCAAUGUUUCUAAUCAUUUCAGUGAUUGAAGGAGCAGAAUCCUUAAAUGACAAGAAGAUCAUCCAUAUAAAGUUGAAAGAGAGUGGAUUUUACACCACUUUGCACAAGAUGAGAGAACUGGGUGAUCAGGAGAUAAAUGACUUGCUAGACCGCUACAAAGCUACUGAAACACUUACAAUGUCAGAUGAGAUCAUGGAUGAGUUGCAGUUAUCUGAUACUCAGUUCGAUAAAAUCAUCAAAGCAAUAAGAACAAGAACAAUCACCAGCGAUGAACUAUUUGAGGCCACUUGUAAGAUCGAACAGCAACUCGUGAAUGUUUUGGAGACCAACUCCAUAUCUCAGAGCUUGAAGAUCUUCACCAUUUUCGAAACGUUGAUUUCGAAAACCAAGAGGUCAACUGAUUUACUUAAUGACGGAGAUUCACCGAUUUACAUGGCUAUCCAACAACUCAUGGAUCAGAUGACUACUGAUGAUUUGGCUAGAAGAGCUAUGCACGAAGUCCACGAGUACGAAACAAAGACUGAAAAGCUGACACAAGAGGUUAGAGUGUUGAAGCAAUCAUUAGAUGUGUCUCAUGGAGAUGUUUACAAAAGGAAUAAUGAUCUACAAGCCCAGAUAUCUAACAAGGACAAAACAAUUCAACAAUUGCAAAAGGAAUUGGAGGAGGCAAGGAAGAUCGUGGCCUCAGAAAGAUACAAAACGUCUAGAGAGAAUGCAACCAUUUCGUUCACUAACACCCCAGUGACAUCUCUGAGAGCUCAACGCACUUACGCGGAUGAUUCCCAAAACCUUCUGAAAGCCUUAAAAUCAGCAAAGGCUGCGUCUGCAACUGCAAUUCUUGGAACACAAUUGUUAAAGAACGAGUCUAUGAAUAAGAGGAAGUCUACUUUGAUUCACUCAAAAUCUUCAUUAUCACUUCUAGCAAUUGGAGGAACAUUGAAUGGAAAGUUACAAGAUGGGCGAUUAACCCUUGAGGAGGAAUCAAUAACUGGAGAACAAUAUGUUUCAGGAAAAGGAAACACGCCUUCAAACGACACAGCAGUAAAUGUUUAUGGUUUGAAAGGUAUCACUGUUGGUAAUGAUGGACGUAUGAUAGAGAAUAACGGAUCUACAGUAUCAUUUGAAAGUGUGAUAUCAACGGCAUCUGGAGGCGAAUUUAAUGGUAGUGUACCACCAUCAGGUACAUGGGCUCCUUCUGGGUCAUACGUAAACGGCUCUCAAGGCUUUCGCUCUGGUUCAGCAAUGCAUUUACCAGUCAUUCAAAGUCCUAAUAACAGUGGCGUGAAGAUUUACAAUUCUGGGGAAGUUAUGAAUGGUUCAAUCAUCACCACACAAGGUCUACAACAUGGUGCAGUUAAUUCUGUCGAUUCUUUUACUGGUCCACUCACUCAACUGAACAGAUCUCAUGGAUUGGGUUCAGGUCAAUCAAACAGCGUUUCGGUUGUCCCAGGAAAUUGUUUGGCUCUGAAUGGUGUCUUUUCAACAUCAUCCCUUGGUGACAAUAUGGGAGGCAGUACUUCAAGUAUUGGACAACUACCACCACCACCUCCUCCUCUUCCAAAAUUCUUGAGGUCGAGUGCAAAGGUCAAAGGUGAAACAGCAAGUGCAACACCACCAGCACCAGCACCACCACCUCCUCCUCUUCCAGAAUUCUUGAGCUCGAGUGCAAAGCACCACCACCACCACCUCCUCCUCCUCCUCCUCCUCCUCUACCUCCCUUCAUAUCCAAAUCAGAACCAGACCUCACAAAGAAGGACGGUAUCCCUCCUCCGCCACCACCACCUCCUCCUCCUCCUCCACCGCCACUUCUAGCUAAGUCCAAACCAAAAAUCACUGUUGACACCAGCAUUAGCACAACGCC